AUGUUGAGCUGCUCAGCCUCAUUGCCUGGAGUUUCCGUGAGCAGGCUGCCAAGCGCGCGACACGAGCGGCCUCGGACGGCCCAGUCAAGGGGGGGAUUCGGGAAGCGAGGUAGUGUGGCGGUUCUCGCUUCUUCUGUUGCGUUGUGGUCCAGGCCGGCAAGCCGUCGAUCUGGUAGAGGAGCCUGCUUGGCUGCACGACAGGCUCCUCCGCGACCGCCGAAAGAAGAUCCGACCCCUUUCCCUCGGCAGCCGAUCUUCCCGCCCAUUGCUUUUCAUCUUCUGGAGCUUCUCCACUCGGAUGACGCAGACUUACAGGAGCUGAUGGAUGCGCUCGAGGACUUGCAGGAGUUGCACGAGACAGACAGGUUCAUGAGGAAGCCAGCAGAAUUCAACAUGGAAGCAAAGCGGCCAAUGAGCCGGCGGAAGCUCACGUGGGCAGGCGAGCAGCUGAAGGGCUUGCUCGAUCCAAUUAUCCUGCCGACUGUGGAUCAGUUCCCACAGAUCACUUGUGGCUUCCUGAUUGUCUUGCACAUCUGCUUCAUUUUACUUGCAGGUCAGGCCCUGAACUUUAUUUGGAGAUCUGGAAGUCCUGGCAGCCUGCUUCAGGGACCAUAUGACUUUGUCCGCAGACUGCCUGGGACUUCACAUCCACUUUUUUUCAUCGUACCAUACGCCUUGACACACGUUGUAACCUGCUGCGUGUACCUGCUGUUGGAUUGGUGGAGACCUGCCUGGGUCCAGAAGAUGAUGGCGCAGAGCCGGGUAGCUGGCGACUGGGGAGGCCCAGAUCUUGGAUUGACCCGCACGCUAUUGACGCAGCUGUCGGUACUUCCCUUCACUGGUAGCGUUGCGGCUCUGAUGAUUAUCAGGGGCGGCCCUGUUGCGUACACGAGUCCAUGGGUGGAGACCUGCUUCGAUGCAUGCCGGUUAGAACUUCCACAACAAGCGCCUUCCCUCUGCGAAAUGGUCGUGCACCUCUCGUUCUGCCUCGUGAUCACGGACAUGGCCUAUGGCUACAUCCACUGGCAGAUGCACCGGCACCGGAGCCUGUGGAAGUACAUCCACUCCGUGCAUCACGAGUACAAGGAGACCUUUGUCACAGUCGGUCCUCAUGUUCAAUUCAUGGAGUUCCUGUCGGUUUCCACCUUUUCAAUGUUUGCUCCCGCUGGUUGUGGGGCCCAUCCAUUGACGUGCUGGGUUUGGUAUGCCGCCUUUACUCUGAUGAGCCUUGAGGCCCACACUGGUUGGCGGCAAACCCCGCUCGGAUAUGCGAUGAACGUUUUGACGUUGGGGAACUUUGGGGGCAGCAUGCAUCAUCACUUGCACCAUGCCGUCGUUUGGGGCAACUACGCCCCUUUCUUGACGUACUGGGACCGGCUUGUGGGCACAGAAGUGGAUGCUGACUACCAGGUCGUGCAAGACGCGCCCCAGCUUGAAAGUGACGCUGCAGCCCACAAGGCUGUUGAGGCCACUUGCAAAGAGGCGGCUUUGACGGAGCCGAAGGUUGUUCACGUGAAGGGAGCCUCUGCACGUACAGCGACCCCACCGCCAAGGAAGCUUGACUGA